CCCUCCCACACACAACUGCUUUGGGGGUUUGGGGCAGCCCUCCUGAGCGUCCCUCUCCCUCUUUGCUCCCCUUGCCAGCUCCUGCUCCCCGAGGUCUCUCCAGCCCAGCCCGUGGAAGCCCCGCCCGAAGAGAUGGCGGGGGCCUAACCUACAUCCAUCCACCGGCUCCGCCCAUCCAGCCCAUGGGCUCCCCGACGCCCGCCCUGCCAACGGAAACGCGGCGGCCGCGAUGGCGGCGGACGUCGAGGGGGACGUGUACGUGCUGGUGGAGCAUCCCUUCGAGUACACGGGCAAGGACGGGCGCCGCGUCGCCAUCCAGCCCAAUGAGCGCUACCGGCUGCUGCGCCGCAGCACGGAGCACUGGUGGCACGUCCGGCGCGAGCCCGGCGGCCGCCCCUUCUACCUUCCCGCACAGUACGUGCGCGAACUGCCGGCGAUCGGAGACCCUGCGGCCGCCCCGCCGCCCGCGCCAGACUCGGGCCCCGCAGCCCCCGAACCGCUCGCCUACGACUACCGUUUCGUUAGCGCGUCGACGCCCGCGGGCCCCGACAGCGCGCCCGCUGAGCCCCGGGGACGCGUGAGCUCCCUGUGCGGCCCUGAGCGGCGCGGCGCAGCGACCCAGCGCAGCAGCCUGGCGACCGGCCUGCCCGCCUGCCUCGCGGGCAGCUUCAAGGCCUGCAGCGUGGCGGGCUCCUGGGUGUGCCCGCGGCCCCUCGCGCGCAGCGACUCCGAGAACGUCUACGAGGCCAUCCAGGACGUGCGCGGCCCGCCGCGGGAGGAGCGUCCGGAGCAGGCGGUCCGCCAAGACUGGCUGGAGUCCCACUCGGUGUCCUUUCCUCCGGGUCUGCGCCGCCUUCGCUCCGCUUUCAGCAGGGGCAGCCGCCCCCUUGUGGCCAGGGCGGAGAACAGCAUCCGGCUGGUGGGGACGGGGACCCGGACCUGGCGGAGCGGGGCUGCCGGCGGCGCACUCCCAGGCCUCUCCACGUUCUCUGUCCUGGUGAUGGUGGGAGUGCCUGUCUGUGCCCUGUGCUCCUCGCUCCUCGAGGCGGGGAACUAG